ACAAAUACCUUUAACAAGAGUAGAGUGGUGCGGGCUUCCCAGUCUCCGUCCCUCAGUUUCCAAGCAACAGAGAUGGACUGAAACAAAGUAAACCAAUUUUCAGAUUGGCCCUCGAAACAUCAGAAGAUAUCAACCUGACACCUGACACCAUAAUGCCACCCUCGCGUCACUUUUAUCUGGUGAUUGUUGGUGCCCUCACUAUGUUUAUCGUCGAGCACGUCAUCCUACCCUUCUUUUCACCCCACAGGGUGGGGACCACUGAGUUUAUGCGCUCGGAGGCAUAUCAAAGGUUCAUGCAUACACCAGUUCGUCCCAGUCUUGGUAAAACUAAAGUGUAUAGAUUCAAUGGAAGUCACAUGCAGCAACUUCAUGAUUUUUGCACGUAGACAGUGCAUGUUGAUUGUGUCCCCCUGAACACACCACGAGGAUUGACGCCAAUCCACAUACACGAUGUAGCGGUUGACAAGUGGGUGUCCAAGGAAAUAAAACAUAAUGGAGUAUGGGAAUCUAACAACAUCAAACUUGUUUUGUCAGAACUGCAAAAGGACCCAGAUCUUGGCUUCAUGGACUUAGGGUCUCAUGUUGGUGCCUUCUCCCUUUCUGUGGCCGUGUUUGGGAGGAAGGUGGUAUCUGUGGACCCUCUCAUAGAGAAUGUCCAAAGACUUUGUAAGUCUAUCCAGAAGGGUGGAUUUACGGACAGGAUGACAAUUAUAUUCAAUCCUCUAGGUGCAAACCAUUCUCUCGUGAAUUUCAAGCGUAUUCCAGACAAUCUGGGAGGGACAAGUGUUGUAGCGUCGUCUACAUCGUCGUUCACAUCACCUUGCGAUGAACCAUCUGACUCUUACACUAUAACUUUAGAUGAUAUUUUACCAUACCUUCCAUUCAAGAAAGCAGUUUUGAAAAUGGACAUACAAGAAUUUGAAUAUUACGUUCUACAUGGUGCUGGCAGUUUUUUCAAGGAGAUCGAAGUUUCAGUAAUUCUAAUGGAAUGGCAACUCAUGAAAACAGAUAUCAGUGGUGAAAACCUGGUAGAGUUAUUAUCAAGCUGGAAAUAUUCUGCAUAUGAGCCUAUCAUUGGAGGCAAGAAACUCGACCCAACUCAUUUCAGAAGCUGGCCAUAUGAUGUACUGUGGAAGAAGGCAAAGCUUGAUCAGUUGGUGAAUCAGUGGAAGGGAAUCGGCUUUUGGACCAUUAAUGAAGGAUGGUUUCGAUCUGAUAUUCGUUCUGAGACUCGAUCUGACAUCCGACCUGCCAGUCAAACCAGUCCUCCUUACUGUCCGAGGCCAAGGAGUGGCCAAGGAACGCACAAUGUCUGUACAUCUGCAUGUUAA